CACCUCUGACGUCGUCACAUGGACCCUCGUUCCCAGCCCCCGCAGUGGGUCCAUAUCGAGGCGAGUCACGGUGAGUCACUCGCUGUGACGGUGUGACGCUCAUACACUCAGGAAAUUUGCCUCCGACCGGACCAUGGUGCGCCACCGAGAUGACCCGGCGCGGAAGUGCAGAGCGGACGGAGGACGAGCACUGCAUUAUGGAGUUAGGAAAACGGUGAGCAAAGAGCGACGUAGAGCGGUGAAGGAUGCUCCGGCGGCCACGGAUUCAACGUUCAACAUCGGACGUGUCUCGAAGACUACAGGGGACAUGGUCAGCGGUCAGACGAGACACGAGCCAGACGCAUCUUCGUCGAGGCUCAGAUCGCACGCAGGGAGGGAGUCGCAUCCCUAUCCUGCCCAUCGAUACAUCUUCAUAUCGCCAGUAUGCCGUCUACUAUUACACGCAAUAACUACAUAAGCAAUACAGACCUUCCCGAGUGGGACAGCGGGCGUUCGGAGCAUAGGCCCCGCACCCCGACUUUGCGCGCUUGCUCCGGAGAGUGGGUGGAAGCUGUGUUGGCUCCGAGGGCGAGGGACGGGCUCGGUCCUGGGUCUGGGGUGCCCACGU